CGCGGGUCCCUGUCGCUGCCCGGAGCGGGUCCGGCUCCCCAGCAGCCGCUCGCACCCGCCAUGGCUCUGUGCUGCGUUCUGAGGCCGCCGCGCUGCCGCCUCCGCCCGCCGCCGCUCCGCAGCCUGGUGACAACCACAGCGGCAGCGUGGGAAGGGAAGGAAAAGGCCAGGGUGAACUGCAGCCUGCCAGAGCCUUACUGGGAGGAGAGGUUAGCAAAUGCAGUGACACCACUGUGGAGACUUCCCUACCAAGAGCAGCUGCAGGUAAAAUAUGAAAGCCAGAGGAAGAUUUUGCAGACACUGGCAUCUCGUCUUGAGGAGCUGGGCAUAGAUGCACAGAAACCUGGUGGGCUCUGCUGUCCUUUGCAGCCUGUAGUCCCUUCGCCCAUCAUUAAUGGCUACCGAAACAAAUCGACUUUCUCUGUGAACCGAGGACCAGAUGGGAACCCCAAAACUGUGGGGUUGUAUGUAGGAACUGGCAGAGAAAGGAAUAUUGUCUGUGUGAAAGCCAACCAUGUGGAGAACAUACCCUCAAAACAUAAACAAGUAGCCCAGUGCUAUGAGGAGUUCAUCUCUCACUCCCCCCUGGACUCCUGCAUCCUCUUCCAUGAAGGUGGGCACUGGCGAGAGCUGGUGGUUCGUACCACCCGCUGUGGCCACACCAUGGCUAUCAUCACCUUCCACCCCCAGCAGCUGGGCCAGGAGGCACUGGCUACUCAGAAAGCAUUGCUGAAGGAGUUCUUCACAAGUGGACCUGGAGCAGUCUGUGCCUUGACUUCACUUUAUUUCCAGGAGAGCACCAUGACACGCUGCUCCCACGAGCAGUCACCCUACCAGCUCCUCCACGGAGCACCGCACAUCUUCGAGGAACUGCUCGGCCUCAGGUUCCGCAUCUCUCCAGACGCCUUCUUCCAGGUCAACACGGCUGGAGCAGAAGUUCUGUACCAGACGGUCAGGGAGCUCUGCCAGGCUGCUGGGGACACUGUCCUCCUUGACAUCUGCUGUGGAACAGGCACAAUUGGUCUCUCUCUGGCUCACCAAGUGUCCAAGGUUAUUGGUGUCGAGGUGGUGGAGAAGGCAAUAGAGGAUGCUGAGUGGAAUGCAGCAUUCAAUAGGAUCUCAAACUGUGAGUUUCACAGUGGAAAGGCAGAGGCUGUGUUACCACAGCUCCUGGCAUCGUGGGAGGAUGCCCGACCGCUUGUUGCUGUGGUGAACCCUUCUCGGGCUGGCCUGCACUACAGGGUCGUUCGAGCCAUCCGGAACUGCAGGGCCAUCCGCAGGCUGCUCUACAUCUCCUGCAAGCCAGAGGGGGAAGCCAUGAGGAACUUCCUCGAGCUGUGCUGCCCACCUGACCCACGGAAGAAGCUGGCGGGGGAGCCAUUUGCCCCUGUGAUGGCUAUUCCUUUUGACAUGUUUCCUCACACUGUUCACUGUGAGCUGGUGCUGCUGUUCACCCGCUGACAAGGAGGCAGGAAUGAGCUCUGAGAGCUUGGGAAGCAACCUGCUCCUGUCCUGAAGAGCCAAUGUAGUUAGGAUUUUAACUUAUUUUCUGUGAAGUUGUAUAAAAAUAAAUAAUUUUGGUUUUUCUCUUA